AUGUCUUCACCACCCCUCCGCACACCUCUCGCAACUCGCCUCGCCGCAGCGGCGGGCGCAGACGGCGAUGACCCUCUCUUCUCUCCCGCCCUUGAUGCAACAACGACCCCGUUCCGCGGCGCCCCCAACCUCGACCCUCCGUCAAGCCGCGCCUCCCUCCGCACGCCGUCCAACAACCCGCUUCGCAGCUCCCUCCGCAGCUCCGCCUACCGCGGUCUCUCCGCCUCGGGCCGCCGUUCCAUCACCGCGGCCGCGACGCCGCACGCCCGCGCCGCCUAUCGUACUAUCGACGCUCGGCGUGCCGCGGCGCUGACCCCCGGCAAGAACAAGCGACGCGAGAGUUUCCGACCGCGGCGCGAAUCGAUACAUGACAUCCUCCGUGGGCUUAGUCGGGUCGUGAAGCAUAACACGCAGCCGAUUUCAUCAUCCUCCUCGCCAAGCGACCUGGGCUCGAGGGCGCCGAGCACGAGCCUGCCGAUCCGGACCGCGGGCGGUGACCGCCGGAGUCUGGCGUACGGGGACGACGACGACGAUGACGAGCUUCCCAUCGAUAGGCCGAGGUUGUCGUUACCGUUGGACGUCGACGACGACGAUGAUGAUUUGGUGGCACCCGAGCUGUCGCAGAUUGACGAGAAUGCGACGAUUGAAUUUCCGAGGAGGGCGUAUACGGAUCAACAGUCGCGGAUGUCGAUGGGGAGCGUGCGGCUGAGCGAGUACAGGAACUAUGACGACCUGGAUGACGAUGACGGUGAUGGCGGGGAAGGCUUUCUUCCUGGGUUCGAGGUCGGUGCGUUGGACGAGGAGGGCGGACGAGAUCAGGAGGAGACGUUUGACAGCAGAGUGGAGGACGAGGCCCUUCGACGACAGACGCUCGCAUCGGCAAGGGAAAGUGACUUCGGGUUCGAGGUGCCAGUGGACGCAGACAACCAGACCACAUUCAUGAUGGCGGUGGAGGGACUGAGCUCGCCGGCACGGCCGCUGCCGGAGUUCACAGACGAACAACCGUCCCUGAACAUCGCGCCGGCCUACGACGAGCCGAACCCGCCUGUGGAUGAGGACGCCGGCUUCGGGAACUCGUAUUACGACCUGCGCAGCUCGACGCCGAUCGAGGCGGCCGAGGCAACGGGGCUUGACGGCGACGAAACCAAGGCCAGCGCGUACGCCGGCCCGCAACACCGGCCGCGCAAGACCAAAGCCGGCGUCAAGCUGUCAAAAUACAACAUGGAGUACCCGUCACUGCCGCCAGCGGUGGUCAAGAGGUUGGCCAACACGUUUGCGCGGUCGAGCGGCAUCAGCAAGACCAAGAUCGGCCCGGAGGCGCUGGCCGAGAUCCAGCGGGCGUCGGACUGGUUCUUUGAGCAGCUGGGCGACGACCUGGCGGCGUACGCGAGGCACGCGAAGCGAAAGACUAUCGACGAGAGUGAUAUGCUCACUCUUAUGCGGAGGUAAGCUUUUUUUUCCCUUCCUUUUUCUUUGCCUUCAAUCAAGUUACAGGACCCUAUUUGGGGGGUAUCGACUUCCUUU